AUGCUUGAACUCGACGGCUUCGCAGUGAGCCAGGACCUGGUACCUGCUGCGCCUAUCAAAUCUGCUGGGGUCUCCAAAGUCGAUUUUGACGGCCUGUUAUCACCCCCACUAAGCCUGCAUGAAGAUCUGAAGAACGGCUGUGGUGGGCAGUUGUGGCCCGCAGGCAUGGUCCUGAGCAAGUACAUGCUGCGGAAACAUCGCGAUGACGUCGCUGGAAAGGAAAUCGUCGAACUCGGUGCAGGAGGAGGGCUCGUUGGACUAGCUGUCGCAAUAGGUUGUAACGUGGAUAAGCCGCUACAUAUCACCGAUCAGAUACCCAUGUUUGACCUUAUGGAGCGCAAUAUCGCUCUCAAUGGCCUGGAGUCACGUAUCAAGGCAUCAGUGUACGACUGGGGUGAACCAACGCCACCGCAGCUACCAUCUCACCCGGACAUCAUCCUCGCAGCCGACUGUGUGUACUUUGAACCGGCUUUCCCUCUCUUGCAGCAAACACUCAAGGAUCUGAUUGGCGAGAAUACCGUGUGCUACUUUUGCUUCAAGCGAAGAAGACGGGCAGACCUGACUUUUAUGAAGACGGCGCGGAAAAUGUUCGAUGUGCAGGAGGUGGACGACGACCCAGACAAGGACGUCUACUCGAGAGAAAAAUUGUUCCUGUAA